GCUAGGAUUCGGUUCCCUCACAAAGAAGUAGCCUACUACGAAACUGGGGAAAGCUCGCUCAUCAGAGUUUUUUUUCCUCCAGGGGAAAAAAUCGGCGGAUCUAUAAUCCAGAUAUCAUGGGAGGCUGCUGACACCUGACGUCUGUUGUUAGCCGGAGGGAACCUGCAGAGCUGCCUGAGCGCACACGUCAGUGCGCAGGAAAAAAACACCAGCAAUGGCGGCCCAUCGAAUCAAAGCCACCACAAAUAACAACAUUUCCCUGCCUCGCUGCAAGUCAGAGGGGACUCUCAUAGAUCUCAGCGAUGGUGUUUCAGAAGCCACCCUCACCAAUGUCAAAGUGCUUUCUCCCAGUGCCUUACGGCUGGAUGCCACCGCCUCCUUCAGCACGGCCAGGGAGGUUGUCGCCAUCAAGGACUAUUGCCCAUCCAGCUUCACCACCCUGAAGUUCUCCAAAGGGGAACGUCUCUAUGUUCUCGACACCUCGGGAGGAGAGUGGUGGUAUGCCCACAACAACACAGAGAUGGGCUACAUCCCGGCGGCCUACGUUGAGCCCGUCAACUACAGAGACUCCUCCUUCAGCGACAGCGGGAUGAUUGACACCAUAGCCGACUGCAACGAGGAGGCGGCCAAAGAAAUUGACCUUCUCGGGGAGUGGGAGGGAGUUCUUUUGAAACAGGCCAUCUUCCAGAAGAGCAAUCCUUUCUCGACCUCGACUAACCCUUUCCUCAACGGGGGUGUUCAGAAUACACUGGACCAGAACUGUAACGAGAAACCAGUGGACUUGCUGUUGUUUGAUACGCUGGCUGUAUCAGAACCAAACUCCACUAGUAGCACUGUGAAUAUCAAUGGCUUCGUUGGCGGUGUUUGUGAUUUCAACCAGGGCGGCACACUUUCUGGAACCGGGCAAACGUUGAGGAGGGACAACCCAUUUUUUAGAAGUAAGCGCUCCUACAGUCUCUCUGAGCUGUCCAUCCUGCAAGCUCAAUCAGACGCCCCUCAGGGUUCCACAGGUUUCUUUGGAGGCUUAAAAGCUCCCGCACCAGAACAAUUUCAGAGCCGGGAGGAUUUUAGGGCGGCGUGGCUGAACCAUCGCAAGCUGGCCAGAUCCUGCCACGACCUGGACUCGCUAGGACAGAGCCCUGGCUGGGGCCAAACGCAGCCAGUGGAGACCAACAUUGUUUGCCGGCUAGACAGCUCGGGGGGGGCAGUCCAACUUCCGGAUACAAACAUCAGCAUCCAUGUUCCGGAGGGCCAUGUGGCUCCAGGAGACAGCCAGCAAAUAUCCAUGAAAGCCCUGCUAGAUCCUCCGCUGGAGCUGAACACUGACCGGUGCACCACCGUCAGCCCCGUGGUGGAAAUAAAGCUCAGCAACAUGGAGACCAAAACCACCGUUACCUUGGACAUGAAGGUGUCAGUAGUGGUGAAAAUGGAGAGCAGGCACACGACGGAGGUCAUCUGCGUGAGGAGUGAUUGUAAAGAGGGUCCCUACACAGCGAUUCCACAGGCGUACAUAUACGGUGACAUGGUGCAAGUGUGCCUAGAUAACCUGGAACCGUGCAUGUACGUGUGCGUCGUUGCCCAGUCCCAGUCUAUAUUAGCAGGUUCUACGGUUUGGGAACAGGUGGUGAAAAAGGUCACCUUAGGGGUAUAUGGUCCAAAGCACAUUCAUCCUUCAUUCAAAACUGUGGUGGCCAUCUUCGGCCAUGAGUGUGCCCCUAAAUCCUUGUUGGUGAGUGAGGUGGGAAAGCAAGCACAGUCUGCUCCCCCGGUGGCACUGCAGCUUUGGGGUAAACACCAGUUUGUCCUGUCAAGACCCCAGGAUCUCUGUGUCGGCGUUUAUUCCAACAUGGCAAACUAUGAGGUGAAGGUCAGUGACCAGGCCAAAGUGGUCAGGGGUUUCCAGGUGAAACUGGGCAAAGUCAGCCGCAUUGUUUAUCUGAUCGCCUCGCGAAAUGCUGAGGAAGUUUCUGAUUUCACCUUGAGGGUGCAGGUGAAAGACGACCAAGAAUGCAUACUUGCCCAAUUCUGUGUUCAGACCCCCACUCCACCACCCAAGACAGGUCCCAAGACAUCAGUGCAACGCCGUUUUCUAAAGAAGAAGGAGGUUGGUAAAAUCGUCUUGUCGCCACUCGCCAUUGCCACCAAGUACCCAGUUUUCCAUGACAGGAUGAUCAAUGGCCUGAAAUUUGGGAAACUUAUCAAAACAGUCAUCCGCCAGACAAAAAAUCAAUACUUAUUGGAAUACAAAAAGGGGGACUUUGUCGCUCUGUUGAGUGAGGAGAAGAUAAAGCUAAAAGGCCAGUUGUGGACAAAGGAAUGGUACAUUGGAUAUUACCAAGGCAAGAUGGGCUUUGUUCACGCCAAGAAUGUUCUAGUGGUUGGUAAAGUGAAGCCCAUUUACUUCAGCGGGCCUGAUCUUACCACAACACUAUUGCUGGAGCAGAUACUGAAGCCCUGCAAGUUCCUGACGUACAUCUACGCCUCUGUGAGGACGAUACUGAUGGAGAACAUCGGCAGCUGGCGGGCGUUUGCCGACGCACUCAGUUAUGCCGACCUGCCACUGACACACUUCUGCCGGGCAGAGUUGGACAGCGAACCGGAGAGGGUGGCGUCCGUGCUGGAGAAACUCAAAGAAGACUGCAACAAUGCAGAAGGAAAGGACAGGAAGUCCUUCCAGAAAGAGCUACUGACGGCGCUGCUGCAGAUGGACUGCCAGGGCCUGGUAGCCCGGCUGGUCAUGGACUUUGUCCUGCUGACCACGGCGGUGGAGGUAGCCGGCCGUUGGAGGGAGCUGGCCGAGCGCCUGGCCAAGGUGUCCCGCCUGCAGAUGGACGCGUACGAGGCCCCGCACCGCGCCAAGAACGGCGUGGUGGACAGCGAGGCCAUGUGGAAGCCAGCCUACGACUUCCUGGUCACGUGGGCGGCCCAGAUCGGCGACAGCUACCGCGAUGUGAUUCAGGAGCUACACAUUGGCCUGGACAAGAUGAAGAACCCCAUCACUAAGCGCUGGAAGCACCUGACCGGCACGCUCAUCCUGGUCAACUGUCUGGACUCCCUGCGUGGCUCGGCCUUCAGCCCCGCCUCUCAGGACGACUACGCCAUCUGAGUUCUUGCCUGAGCCUUCCCCACCGUCACCCCUCCCCACGCCGCCUCACUGAAUUCAUUGCAAUGCUUUUCCUCAUGCUAGCGUUCCCUAAGCACCGGCUUAGACUCGCUCAUAAGGCGUUAUUAUGUUGGAGAUUUCCCCUCCCCUUUAAUGCAACCACUAUUUUUCUUUUUGUUUCUCGCUCUGCCUUCAGUCCCCCUGCGGGAUCUGGGAGCCGGGGUUGCGAUUUUAAGACUGUUUCUAUGGCAGCCGAUUCCACUACACACAAUACUGUUUGUAGCUCUCAGUAUUCACAGACUAUUUUAAUAGAUCUCCUCUUGCAUAGUAUGUAUUUUUGUACACUUUAAAUAUGGCACCGAUUUCUUUUUUACAAUUUCAACACUGGUUGAGAACUGUGGAUUGACUGCUUCAAAAACACACUUAUAAAAACAAAAGACACUUUAAAUAUUAAUAUUCUUGUCAGCGUAACCUUGUCACAGUAGCCUUGUAAAGUGUCCAACCAGCUUUGUAUUUAUUUAUAUGUCUGUUUAGGUGGGAAACAGGUCUUUCUGUUUCAGAUAUUGAGUUACUUUACAGAUGCAUUCUGCAAUGCAGGAUUUUAUUUGACAAUAAACAUUGCUUUGAUAAAAUUUCCACUAAAUUUCUAAAAAUGUCAAACGUUGUUCUCAAACGUUUCAACAUCUAAAUAAGCCACUCAUUCGCAAAUAAAAAUAUUGUUUCUUGAUUGAUGAUUCUUAAAAAUAAUAUCAAGAGAAAAGUUUGAAUUUACCUCAAUGUAAUGGUUAAAUAUUAUACACCUGGAUCCUUUCUUGGUGGGGUUUUACCCUAUUUGUAGACAAAAAAUAUUUUAGUCACCGCAGUCACAAUAUGAAUGCCAAUAAACAUUUUAAGUAUGACUAAGGA